AUGAGCUACACGCCCCUGGACGGUGGCAGCGGUCAUCAUAAUGGGACCGUCCGGCCGCCGGAGAUCUAUCGGCCUGAGUUCCAGAGAUCUGAGUUGCAGAGAUCUGAGUUCCAGAGAUCUGAGUUGCAGAGGCCGGAGUUCUCAUCGCGGCCUUCAAUGAAGAAGACUAUGACAAAUGUUUCGUCUUACAACAAUGCGGCGUAUGAAAGUACGCCUUAUACCAAUACGUCCUACAAUGAUGCGCACCCUGUGAUUGGGAGAUCGCAGUCGUCCAAGCCGAACGCCAGGACCAAGUUGCCUAUACUGCCUGGAUCACGGAUGGGCGGAAUGAUUAAAUCUGGUUUAGGAGGAUCCGGGUUCAGAUCCGGCUUACGGUCAGGACAGAGUCGGCGGUCAGGACGUGGCAAGGAGCCGACAGGUGUAUUGAAUUUGCUAAUCAAGUUCUGGCCGAUAAGUGUCUUCUUCGGCUUCAUCCCGUUGGGAUUUGCGUCGAGGAUUCUCGGGUGGGCGGACCCGUUAGUCUUUGCGACCAACUUCUUGGCCAUCGUCCCAUUGGCAUGGAUCAUGGGAGUCGCUACGGAAGAUUGUGCAGCGGCGUUUGGAACAAUAAUUGGUGGGUUGAUGAACGCGUGGUUUGGUAACAUUGUGGAGAUGCUUCUUUGCAUUGCAGGGUUGCGACAGGGCGAGUUGGUUGUGGUGCGUUGUACCCUGAUUGGGAGCAUCCUCUCGAACCUGUUGCUGGUGGCAGGUUGCUCGUUGUUUGUUGGCGGUCUCUUUUACAAGGUCCAGGAGUUUUCUGCGGUUGGUGCUUCAACCACCACAUCACUCCUGAUGUUAGGAGCCUUCUGCGCUGGCAUGCCGAGCAUGUAUUCCGUAGUCUCUGGUACUGGCUUCGACGAGACACUCAAAAUGUCGCGUUGUGUAGCCUUCUUUCUGGUGGUCAUGUAUGCGCAAUUUAUGAUCUUCCAACUCCGCACUCACUCUUUCCUCUACACGCCUGUGACCGAGGAGGAGGACGACGACCAGGAAGAGGAAGUGUCCAUGGGGCCCUGCGCCGCGGCGGUGGUGUUGGGUGUUGGCACUGUGCUGUGCAGCUUCAGCAGCGAGUUUCUCAUUGCCUCCAUCCAAGGAACUGUCAGCUCCUUCCACAUCAGUAAGGAAUUUAUCGGCAUCAUCCUGCUACCGAUAAUAGGCAAUGCGGCGGAACACUACACGUCUGUAGUCGUCGCCAUACACAACAGCAUGGACCUCUCGCUGGGUUGUGCCGUCGGCUCUGCUUGUCAAAUGCUCCUCUUCGUCACCCCAGUCACCGUCCUGGUCGGCUGGAUCGUGCAGCAACCAAUGUCGCUUGACCUACACGCCUUUGAGAUACUAGUCCUCGUUCUCGCCAUCAUUAUCAUCACCGGCAUCCUCCAAGAUGGCUACAGCAACUGGCUUGAAGGUUCCAUCCUCUGCAGCGCCUAUGCAGUCAUCGCAGUCGUCUACUUUUUUGAGAACCCAAAACUAAGCGACGUCAUCUGA